UCCCUCCUCUCUCCCGUGAGUGAGUUAAUUCUACUUCUAUAUCUCUAACUAGGUUGCUGCUCCAUUCUCCAGACUCUGUUUGUUAAGUUUUCCAUUCUCCAAAUGGCUCCACCGUCUAGGGCAUCUAAGCAUGCCCCUCCAAAAAGUGUACUUAAACCAUCAACGCAGUCAAUGAAGCAAAAAAGUAAACAAGUUGUUCAUGCCGCCAAGUCCGAAGGACUUUCUCUACAACUGGAGGAUGAUGCCCCUGAUUUUCCUAGAGGUGGUGCGAGCUUACUUAGUUCAGGAGAGAGGGACAAGGUUCGAUCUGAUGUUAAUGAAGGAGAUGGGGCAACUAUAGUAUUGAGGAAUAAGAAGAAGAAUGAGAAAAGAGGGAAAAAGUUAGGCGCUUCAACUGAUGAUGAUGCCGGGUCACUUUUUGGUGGCGGUAUUACUGGAAAAUUACCAAGAUAUGCAAACAGAAUCACAUUGAAGAAUAUUUCUCCUGGAAUGAAGUUAUGGGGAGUAAUAUCGGAAAUUAAUGACAAGGAUCUAGUUAUUAGCCUACCAGGAGGCUUGCGAGGACUAGUUCGAGCAUCUGAUUCUUUUGACCCUGUAUCAGAUGGUGAAGCUAAAAUGGAUAUGGAAGAUCAUAUUCUUUCUAGAAUCUAUCAUGUUGGACAGCUAGUUUCUUGCAUUGUCUUGCAAUUGGAUGAGGAUAAGAAGGAAAAGGGGAGAAAAAUUUGGCUUUCCCUACGUCUCUCUUUGUUGCAAAAACUGGAUGUAAUUCAAGAAGGGAUGGUUCUUACUGCAUAUGUGAAAAGCAUUGAAGAUCAUGGCUAUAUUCUCCAUUUUGGGUUGCCUUCAUUUACUGGAUUCAUGCCAAAGAAUAGUGAGAAUGGGAAGGGUUCUUCUUUCAACUGUGGUCAGCAUGUACAAGGGGUUGUCAAAAGGGUUGACAUGGUUCGUAAAGUAAUUUACAUGAGUUUUGAGCCUGAUAUAGCUUCUAAAGUUGUGAUGAAGGAGCUCAAAGGCAUAUCUAUUGAUCUCCUCACUCCUGGCAUGAUGGUUAAUGCACGCGUGCAAUCAACUCUUGAAAAUGGAGUCUUGAUGUCUUUUCUUACAUAUUUUACAGGAACUGUCGACUUUUUUCAUUUGCAAAAAUCUUUCCCCUCACCUAGUUGGAAGAAUGAUUACAAUCAAAACAAAAAGGUUAAUGCCCGAAUUUUGUUCGUAGACCCGUCAACAAGGGCUGUUGGUUUGACCUUGAAUCCGUACCUUGUCAAUAACAAACCACCUCCUAUUGCUGUGAAAACUGGAGAUAUCUUUGAUCAUUCCAAAGUCAUUAGAGUUGAUAAAGGUGUUGGUUUGUUGCUUGAGAUUCCCUCUUUACCGGUUUCAACUCCAGCAUAUGUUAUUGCAUCUGAUGUUUCUGACAAAGAAGCAAAAAAUUUCGAAAAGAAUUUCAAAGAGGGAUUACGAGUUCGUGUUAGGGUUCUUGGAUAUAGGCACUUGGAGGGUUAUGCCAUGGGUAUAUUAAAGACUAGUGCUUUUGAAGGUUCAGUUUUCACUCACUCAGAUGUUAAGCCUGGGAUGGUGGUAAAAGCUAAAGUGGUUGCGGUUGACAGUUUUGGGGCUAUUGUGCAAUUCCGUAGUGGUGUGAAAGCACUUUGUCCUCUCCGACACAUGUCGGAAUUUGAAAUCGUCAAGCCUAGAAAAAAGUUCCAGGUUGGAGCUGAGUUAAUUUUUCGUGUGCUUGGGAGCAAGUCCAAGAGGAUUACAGUUACGCAGAAGAAAACACUUGUGAAGUCGAAGCUUGAAAUUAUUGCUUCCUAUGUUGAUGCUGUCGAUGGACUAUUAACACAUGGAUGGAUAGCCAAGAUUGAGAACCAUGGAUGCCUUGUUCGGUUUUACAAUGGAGUACAGGGGUUUGCUCCCAGAUCUGAACUUCUCUUAGAACCUGGCAGUGACCCAAACUCAACAUAUCACGUUGAACAGGUUGUGAAAUGCAGAGUUACAAGCUCAGCUGCUGCUUCUAAAAGAAUUAAUCUUAGUUUUGUCAUAACACCAACAAGGUUAACUGAAGAUGAUGCAGUGAAGUUGGGCAGUGUCAUUUCUGGUGAGGUUGUCAAGGUUUUCCCUCUAGUAAUCGUAGUCAAAGUCAAUUCAAAAGUUUAUACACAGGGAACACUUUCACCGGAACAUUUAGCCGAUCAUCAAGGUCUUGCUAAGUCAAUGAUGUCAGGCUUGAAGCCAGGAUAUAUUUUUGAUCGGCUCUUGGUUCUUGAUACUGACAGCAACAGCUUAAUCCUUUCUGCAAAACAUUCUUUAGUUGAUUCAGCUCACCAACUUCCAUCUGAAGUCGCCCAAAUUCAUCUUCACUCAGUCUUACAUGGUUAUAUCUGCAACGUAAUUGAAUCUGGCUGCUUUGUUCGAUUUUUGGGGCGUUUGACAGGAUUUGCUCCUAGAAGCAAGGCUGUUGAUGACCCAAAAGCUAAUCCUGUUGAAUCUUUUUAUGUUGGACAAUCUGUUCGCAGUUACAUAGCUGAUGUUAAUAGUGAAAAUAGUAGAGUGACAUUAUCUUUGAAACAGUCUUUCUGCUCUUCAAUGGAUGCGUCCUUUAUCCAAGAAUAUUUCCUGGUUGAUGAAAAGAUAUCUAAAAUGUCAAGUGAUCAAUGCCCUGACUGGAUCGAGGAAUUUAACAUUGGAAGUGUUGUUGAGGGAAGAGUUAUCGAAACUAAUAAGUUGUCUGUUGUCAUUAGCUUUGAGAAGCACACAAAUAUUUUAGGUUUUAUCACCCACCACCAAUUGGAUGGAAGUACCCUGAUAAUUGGCUCUUCUGUAAAAGCGGCGGUGCUUGAUAUUUCCAAGUCAGAUUAUGUUGUGGAUUUGUCAAUGAAGCAAGUUUUCAUUGGUAGAUAUAAAGAAGGAAAGUCCAAUGAUGACAGUAAUAGGAAGAAACGCAAAAGGGAAGUACAGAGAGAAUUGAAGUUACAUCAGAAAGUGAAUGCUGUGGUGGAGAUUGUAAAAGAGAAUUACCUGGUUUUGUCAAUACCAGAAUUUAAUCAUGUCAUUGGCUAUGCCUCACUGUAUGAUUACAACACCCAAAAGUUUGCCAAAAAGCAAUUCGACAUUGGGCAAAGUCUUGUUGUUACUGUCAUGGAAAUACCAAGUUCGGGUAUUUCAGGGAGAUUGUUGCUGUUUCUUCAAUCUAUGAAUGAAAUAUCUGAUGUAUCUACUUCAAAAAGGAAGAAAAUGAGUUCAGCUUAUGAUUUGGGAUCACUGGUUCAAGCUGAGAUAACAGAAAUCAAGCCUCUUGAACUCAGAUUGAAAUUUGGAUCUGCUUGCCAUGGAAGGGUUCAUAUAACAGAGGUGACUGAUGAUAAUAUUGCUGAGAAUCCCUUGGACCACUUUAGGGUUGGAGAAACAUUGUCUGCGAUCAUUAUAUCGAAGGCAAAUACAAGUGAAAAUAUUAGGAAAAACUAUCAAUGGGAGCUAUCUCUCAAAACUUCUUUGUUAAAUGGUGCUGGAGAAAUGACUGCUCAUCUAAAUCCAGAAUGCUUUAAUUACUCAGUUGGUCAAAAUGUCACUGGUUUUGUCAACAAGGUUGAUAGCGAAUGGGUUUGGUUAGGGAUAUCUCACAAUGUGAAUGCCCGUCUUCAUAUUCUUGACAGUGCAUAUGAACCUUCUGAACUCAAGGAAUUUGAGAAGCGCUAUUCCGUUGGCAAAGCUGUAUCUGGUUAUAUUUUGACUGCUAACAAGGAGAAGAGACUGUUACGUUUGGUAAUGCACCCACUGCAUACUGCUGAUGGAACACAAAGCCAUGAAGCUACAGAUAUUGAUGACCCGAAGGAAAGUGUGGUUUCUCAUAUAUGCAAAGGUCAUAUUAUUGGUGGAAGGAUAUCUAGAAUUCUUCCAGGAGUUGGUGGAGUGCUUGUUCAGAUAGGUCCCAAUCUUUAUGGCAAAGUUCAUUACACAGAAUUGACAGAUCUAUGGUCACCUGAUCCACUAUCUCAGUAUCAUGAUGGGCAGUUUGUCAAAUGUAGAGUAUUAGAAAUAUCUCCUUCUGCCAAAGGCACUAUUCAUAUUGAUCUGUCAUUACGUUUAACACCAGAUAGAAUGCCUUCUGCAAAAUCUAUCAAAUCUUGCAAUGAUGCAAUUGAAAACACUGAACGAAUUGAAGAUAUUCAGAAUGUUCGUGUCGAGAAGGCUGUCCAGGGCUAUGUUAAGAAUGUCUCAGCAAAGGGGUGCUUUAUUAUGCUUUCUCGAAAGCUCGAUGCAAAAAUCCUCCUCUCAAAUUUGUCAGGAGGGUUUGUCAAAAGUCCCGAAGAAGAAUUCCCCAUCGGGAAGCUCGUAAGUGGCAGGGUGGUAUCAGUGGAGCCUUUGUCUAAGAGAAUUGAAGUUACUCUUAGGAAUCCGAACUCAGCAGUUUCUGGUGCGAAUGAUUUAAAAAAUGUCCAAGUUGGGGAUAUUGUCACAGGCAGGAUCAGGCGUGUAGAGAAAUAUGGAUUAUUUAUCUCUAUUGACCAUUCGAGUAUAGUUGCAUUAUGUCACAUUUCACAGCUUUCUGACGAUCCCAUUGAUGAUAUCGCUAGCAUGUAUAAAGCUGGUGAACAAGUUUCAGCUAAGAUAAUCAAGGUCGAUGAAGACAAGCAACGUGUUUCUUUAGGCAUGAAGAGUGCAUAUCUUAUAGGCCACUCUAAUAAUACCAAUGAUCUUCCAGAGGAGGUUGCUGAAGAUGAUGUUGAAGAAAUUGGUCUAAGCAUUAACAGUAUGCAUCCCGUUCUUGCCGAAGUUGAGGCCAGAGCUUCUGUGCCUGCACUGGAGGUCUCUCUUGAUGAUGUAGAGAGCUCAGAUAUGGGUAAUCUGGAAAGUAUCAACAUACAGGUUUCGGAAGAACACGACGCCUUAGAUGAUAAUAAGAAACGACGGCUAAAGAAGAAAGCGAAAGAAGAGAAAGAGAAAGAAAUUAGGGCUGCUGAAGAAAGGUUGCUAGAGAAAGAUAUACCAAGAAGUGCAGAUGAAUUUGAGAAACUUGUCAGAACUUCCCCAAAUAAUAGCUUUAUUUGGAUAAAGUAUAUGGCCUUUUUACUCUCCUUAUCUGAGAUUGAGAAGGCACGCUCAAUUGCUGAGAGGGCGUUGAAGACAAUAAAUUUCCGAGAGGAAUCUGAGAAGUUGAACAUAUGGGUGGCUUAUCUUAAUUUGGAGAACAAGCAUGGAAAUCCUCCAGAGGAUGCUGUUUCGGGAUUGUUUCAUAGAGCAUUACAACAUUGUGAUGCCAAAAAGGUUCAUAUUGCACUUCUGGGUAUGUAUGAAAGGACUGAGCAACACGGGUUGGCUGAUGUGCUUCUUUCUAGAAUGUUAAAGAAGUUCAAGCAUUCAUGCAAGGUUUGGUUAAAACGCAUCCAAUGGCUCUUGACGCAAAAUAAGGAUUCCGAUAUUCAAUCUACAGUCAAACGUGCUGUACUAUGCCUUCCCCAGCGCAAGCACACUAAGUUCCUUUCGCAAACAGCCAUUCUCGAAUUCAAGUCAGGGACUGCUGAUAGAGGACGUUCAAUCUUUGAGGGAAUACUCCGGGAAUAUCCCAAGAGAAUAGACUUGUGGACAGUCUAUCUUGAUCAAGAGAUUCGACAUGGUGAUGAAGACAUCAUUCAUGCAUUAUUUGAGAGAGCAACUAGUUUGAGCCUUCCACCCAAAAAGAUGAAGUCCUUGUUUAAGAAGUAUCUGGAGUAUGAGAAGACUGUUGGUAAUGAAGAACGCAUCGAAUAUGUGAAGGCAAAGGCUCUAGAAUAUGUCGAGAACUCAUUAGCUUGAGGGAUGAAAUGAUUGGUUUUGAAGAGCUGAUUUAGAGAAAGGAAACCCCAGCCUUCUGGCUUGUUGACCAAAAUUUUGAAUUAUACAUACUGUUUGGUAUCUUAUUUGAAUUUUGUUUUUUUAAUUUCAUUUAAUUUGGAAGCAUACUAGUAUAUCUAUCUGUUUUUGUAAUAGAGGUUAUUUGAAUUUGGAAGGAUAAAGAAUCUUUGGCAAUUUGUUUUUGUAAUAGAGGUUAUUUGAAUUUGACCUGA